CACACAUCGAGUUGAAGGAUUCGAAAACCCCGAGGAAACUAAUCAUGUCGGACGCCGCCGCCCCCGCACAGGACACGCCCAGACAGGAGGAGGACUCGCGCAAGGUGAACCUUGUGUCCAUGGACGGCGACAGCUUCGAGGUGUCACGAGGUGUUGCAGCCAUGAGCGAGCUGGUCAAGACGCUCAUUUCCGAUGAUGCCGAUGACGACGAAGUGCAGGAGAUUCCUUUGCCGAACGUCAAGAGCCCCGUGCUGUCCAAGGUGAUUGAGUUCUGCAGCCAUCACCACAACAACCCCAUGCGCGAGAUCGAGAAGCCCCUCAAGAGCGCUGACAUGCACGAUGUGGUGUCGGACUGGGACGCCAACUUCGUGGACAUUGAGCAGGAGAUUCUGUUCGAGCUCAUCUUGGCUGCCAACUACAUGGACAUCAAGAGUCUGCUGGACCUGGCCUGCGCAAAGGUAGCUAGUAUGAUCAAGGGGAAGACCCCCCAGGAGAUCCGCGAGACGUUCAACAUUGUCAACGACUUUACCCCCGAGGAGGAGGCGCAGAUCCGAGAGGAGAACAAGUGGUGCGAGGAGGCGUAAGCUUUAAAGAGUCCAUGAACACCACCCCAACGGAGAGCUCUGGCCAGCAGAGCGGACGUGUACGUUUUACGAUUCCCGUUUCCAGUGACCAGCGAACAUGCAGGAAACAAGACGUCUUCGCUGGCUCUGCGGCGUGCGCUUGGUAGCGAGCAUCGGUGGAAGAAGAACGAGGAGGGAGGAGUUUGCAGCUUACUCUCGACAUGUUUUUGAGUUUUGAAGCCGAAAUGAAAUAUCUCGCACGUUUAUUUUUUAA